CCGAUUCGGUGGAAUGAGUUUGAUUUCACUGCAAGUAAAAAUGCCGCGCGAAAUAUAGCAGUGACGUCGGAGGCGGCUGACGUUCUCCGUAACGGAAGUCUGGUUCUUUUCUGUCACUCAGCGGACUCCGGUGCACAACCAGUUCACAAAGACAGCCGGCACAAAGUACAAACUACAGAUAGGAUUAAACGGUCAAGGGCUUUUUGGGCUAUCUAUUCUUCCCCAGCAAAUUGAAACGCCUUUUCCGUUUGAGCUUAAGAAGAAGAAGAAGAAGGAGGUGACACUUCUCUUUUCUGUUGUGGCACUGGGGACAUCCAGGAACUAUUGAGUGUGGGUGGUGCUUGUUUAAAAGACUGCGAUGCACCGCUUAAGGACUUGUGUGGCACGGCUCCGGCCGAUCACGGCCUCACAGACUGCUAAACAUCUGUCACAGCAGAGGCCAGCGGCCACCCCUAGGACGUUUCAGCCAUUCAGGUGCUACACGGCACCGGGGGCCGCAGAGCCGUUUCUGAACGGAACCAGCUCUAACUAUGUCGAGGAGAUGUACUAUGCAUGGUUGGAGAAUCCCAAGAGUGUGCACAAGUCUUGGGACAUUUUCUUCAGGAAUGCUAAUGCUGGUGCCCCCCCGGGUACAGCCUACCAGAGUCCUCCUCCAAUGGGAGUGAGUCUGGCCGGGCUCCCUCAGGCCCAGUCUCUGGUGGGGGCUCAGCCGAAAGUGGAGAAACUGGUGGAAGACCAUCUGGCAGUCCAGUCCCUCAUCAGGGCCUAUCAGAUACGUGGUCACCAUGUGGCUCAGCUGGACCCUCUGGGGAUUAUGGAUACUGAUCUGGAUUCAUGCGUUCCCAAUGACAUUAUUACAUCAUCGGAUAAACUGGGUUUUUAUGGGCUGGAAGAGUCUGAUCUGGAUAAAGUGUUCCACUUGCCCACCACUACCUUCAUCGGGGGCAAUGAGAGCGCUCUGCCCCUCAGAGAGAUCAUCCGCCGCUUAGAGAUGGCGUAUUGCCAGCAUAUAGGGGUUGAGUUCAUGUUCAUCAAUGACCUGGACCAGUGUCAGUGGAUCAGACAGAAGUUUGAGAGGCCUGGAGUGAUGCAGUUCAGCCUGGAGGAGAAGAGGACACUGCUGGCUCGCAUGGUCCGCUCCACCAGGUUUGAGGAGUUCCUGCAGAGGAAAUGGUCCUCUGAGAAGCGCUUUGGGCUGGAGGGAUGUGAGAGUCUGAUCCCAGCGCUCAAAACCAUCAUUGAUAAAUCCAGCGAUAAGGGAGUAGACACGGUCAUCAUGGGAAUGCCUCACAGAGGCCGUCUGAACGUGCUUGCUAAUGUGAUCCGUAAGGAACUGGAGCAAAUUUUCUGUCAGUUUGACUCUAAACUGGAAGCUGCUGAUGAGGGUACAGGAGAUGUCAAGUACCACUUGGGCAUGUACCACAGGAGGAUAAACCGUGUGACUGACAGGAAUAUUACUUUGUCAUUGAUGGCCAACCCUUCCCAUCUGGAAGCGGUGAACCCGGUGGUGCAGGGCAAGACUAAAGCGGAGCAGUUCUACUGCGGAGACACAGAAGGAAAUCAGGUGAUGUCCAUUUUGAUCCAUGGUGAUGCUGCUUUUGCAGGUCAGGGCAUUGUCUAUGAAACCUUCCAUCUGAGCGAUCUGCCGUCCUACACUACACAUGGCACUGUGCACGUGGUGGUCAACAACCAGAUCGGCUUCACCACAGAUCCUCGUAUGGCGCGCUCCUCUCCGUAUCCUACUGAUGUUGCCCGUGUGGUCAAUGCCCCCAUAUUCCACGUCAACGCAGAUGAUCCCGAAGCUGUAGUGUACGUGUGCAACGUGGCCGCAGAGUGGAGAGCCACCUUCCACAAAGAUGUGGUGGUGGACCUGGUAUGUUACCGCCGUAAUGGCCACAACGAGAUGGAUGAGCCGAUGUUCACCCAGCCACUGAUGUACAAACAGAUCAAGAAGCAGAAGGGAGUUCUGCAGAAAUAUGCCGAGAAGCUCAUCGCCGAAGGUGCCGUCUCACUACAGGAGUAUGAGGAAGAGUUUUCCAAGUACGACAAAAUCUGUGAGGAAGCUUAUGCUCGCUCUAAGGAUGAGAAGAUCCUCCACAUCAAGCACUGGCUGGACUCCCCCUGGCCAGGUUUUUUCACUCUGGACGGUCAGCCCAAGAGUAUGAGCUGCCCAUCCACUGGUCUGCCAGAGGAGGAGCUGUCCCACAUCGGACAAGUGGCGUCAUCAGUACCCGUGGAGGACUUCAAAAUUCAUGGAGGUCUGAGUCGUAUUCUGAAGGGCCGUGCUGACAUGAUCAAGAACAGGACCGUGGACUGGGCUCUGGGAGAGUACAUGGCCUUUGGCUCUCUGCUCAAGGAGGGCAUCCAUGUGCGUCUCAGCGGCCAAGAUGUGGAGAGAGGAACCUUCAGUCACCGUCACCAUGUUCUCCAUGACCAGAACGUAGACAAGAGGAUCUGCAUUCCCAUGAACCACGUGUCCCCUAACCAAGCCCCGUACACUGUCUGCAACAGCUCUCUGUCGGAGUAUGGAGUACUAGGUUUUGAGUUGGGCUUUGCUAUGGCCAAUCCUAAUGCUCUGGUUCUGUGGGAGGCCCAGUUUGGAGACUUCCAUAACACGGCUCAGUGUAUAAUCGACCAGUUCAUCUGCCCUGGCCAAGCUAAAUGGGUUCGCCAGAACGGCAUUGUCUUACUGCUGCCACAUGGCAUGGAGGGCAUGGGUCCCGAGCACUCCUCUGCCCGUCCAGAGCGCUUCCUGCAGAUGUGCAAUGAUGACCCGGACUUUAGUCCUAAAGCCACUGAUGACUUUGAGGUGCGUCAGCUGUAUGACUGCAACUGGAUCGUCGUAAACUGUUCAAAUCCCGGCAACUAUUUCCAUGUAAUAAGGAGGCAGAUCCUUCUUCCCUUCAGGAAACCCCUUAUUGUCUUCACUCCCAAGUCUCUGCUGCGUCAUCCGGAGGCCAAGUCUAACUUUGACCAGAUGCUACCAGGCACUCAUUUCCAGCGCGUGAUCCCAGAUGAUGGACCGGUCACUCAAAACCCCUCAGAGGUGAAGCGCAUCGUCUUCUGUACAGGAAAGGUCUAUUAUGAGCUCACGCGCGAACGCAAAGCACGCAGCAUGGAGGACUCUGUGGCGAUCACUCGCAUUGAGCAGCUCUCUCCUUUCCCGUUCGACCUGGUGAAGGCUGAGACUGAGAAAUAUCCCAAUGCUGACCUGGUCUGGUGUCAAGAGGAGCAUAAGAACCAGGGAUACUACGACUACGUCAAGCCCCGCAUGCGCACCACCAUCAACCGUGCCAAGCCUGUCUGGUAUGCCGGACGUGAUCCUGUCGCCGCCCCGGCUACAGGAAACAAGAACACCCAUCUUCUGGAGCUGAAGCGUUUCCUUGACACUGCCUUCAACCUGGACGCCUUCAAAGACCACGUCUAAACCUGUCCUUCAGUCCACAGAGAAAACAAAAACUCAGAAACACCCCAUUCAUCCCGCAACCAAAUACACUAAGAAUAGCGAUACAGUUUAUCCAACGUGUUCAGGGUUUUUGUUUUGUUAAUAAUGUUAAUUUCAAGCCUUAGUCACCACUGUUGCCCAGUUCAACAACACCAAAUGAUAAACCACAAGAGAUAAAACUAUUUUUUAUCUUGCUUAAGCAGAAAUGACAGCACAAAUGUUGUUUUGAAUAGACCUCUAAUAUAUUUUCAACCAAAGCACAGCUCCAAUCCUGGUAAAAACUUCCUUGGACAGUAAUCGGCAUCAAUAGCCUCACAAAAUUAAGAGACAUUUCCCUGAGCUUUCGUGUAGGGUUGUCGGUGUCCCUAUUCUCAAUGGCUCUAUGGUUUUAAUUUGUACGUUUUUUUUUUCUUUUGUUUUUCUUUAUUUGAUAAUUGUGGGCUAAAUUCUGAAUUGGGGGAAUUUUGGCUUAUACAUUUACAAAGUCUCAUAUGUAGGCAAGAUUGUCAAUUAAGUGGUAAAAACGACACUUUAUCUGUACCUUUGCACUGUUUUCUGGUAAGAAGCAAAAACAGUUUUCCGAAGUGAAUGUUGCAGUUGUAUGAUUAUAUUCAUGUAAAAAUGACUUCAGAGGAGGAAAGACUUUACCACUGACACCUUUACCUGUAUGUGCCUCUUCUGGUUCUGUAUCAUUGUCUGUAGAUGGCAUUGUAUACUCACUUCAGAAUUCCCUUCAGAACUCAAAUCCUCAUUUGCCCUCUGAUAAUGCAUGCCAUACAGCCCAACCCAGCAGCAGGAACAUUUAAUAUGGCAAGCAAGACAGAAUUACACCUGUUUGUGGUCACUCUUUUAAAUAGAAACUGAUGACCUCUUUUUGGCUUUUUCAAAGAGAGGGCAAAUUAUUUUAUUUAUUUAGGUUUUUUUGAGGAUUAAGAUUCUGUCCUCAUAACGGUUUAGCUUCAUACAAUAAACUCAUUAACUUCUCAAA